AUGUCCCGAAGUCCUGGUCACCAGAGUACCCCGGUCAGGCACCCCACCGCCCAGCGCGGGACGUCUCGGGUUCGGGCGUCAGGCGGGAAUGGGGCCCAGCCACAUUGCAAAAGCUUCUGCCUUUCUGCAACUCUGAUCCGGUGGGUACCGUCGGUCAGGGUUGAAGAAGUCCAGGGACCGUUAUGGAGAAAGGAAGGAUGGUUCGGGUCGAAGAAGGGUGAAUUUAUAGGCGAAGGAGUUGAUCUAUGCACGCCUGCAGUUUGCAAAUUUGCCAUUGCCAAUGAAGGCAGGAAGUCGGUUGCUGACCAAAGUUGCGGCCCCACUUUUCCCGAUGCGCUCGGAGAAUUCAGUCCCGCACGCGACAUUCCCCCAGCCGACCAGCAACAGGAAGUUGACGCGAAUAAGCAGGAAAGGAUUCGGAAGGAGUUCCAAUACAAGGACAAAGCCGCUUCCGAGUCUGCCAAGCCGGCGUCCAGCCCCACACGGCCUCCGGAGACGCCCCGUCAGUCGUCCCCGACGAAGAGCCUUCUACGACGGACGCCGCACCUCAACCGCGUGCUGAAGGCAAGAGUCCGCAAGCUUGAGAAGGGAAUGGACCACCUCGAAAGUUGCGAGAAGCACCUGGCUGGCGCACUCGAGCAGCUCGCUGCCGCCAGGGAACAGAUCCACCAGCUCAACGCGGCCAUGUACUAUGUUCUCCACCAGCCUCCUCACAACGGAGGCUACAAGGAUGCGAACUACAACAAUUGCUUCACGCCGAAGUGGGAGCGGUUCGGAUGGGAGUGUCCAGCUUCAAGGUGGGAUGAACACCUGAGGCACAUUUUCCGUAAGGAUGGGUACAAACAGGAGGCAUGGCGCAGCAGCAGGUGGGCACGUGAAUAAGUGUCUGCGAUAACGUUGUCGCCUGGUACGUACGCGAACCAUGGUUCGGAGGCUUGCGCAAGCUCUCCUGAAUCUUGCUAAGACUUAAGCUGUUGUAGUUGGCAUUGGGAUUGGUUACAUACCAUGUAAACACUUUGAAAAUACUUUGCAUUUCG